AUGGCUACGACCGCUGGGGGGCAUUCAGGUGCUGCCCUACCUGCUAAGCAGGAUUCCGCGCCCUCUUCCCAUCAGUACACUUGCAAUACAUGUCAAGUGGCCUUCCGCUUUGCUGACACCCAGAAAGGCCAUAUGAAGAGCGACUGGCACCGAUACAACCUGAAGCGUCGUGUUGCGUCACUGCCACCCAUCUCGUCUGAAGUGUUUACCGAGAAGGUCCUCCAAGCUCGCGCCGAAACCACAGCGGAGGCGGAUCGCGCUGGCUAUCAACGUACUUGUGAGGUCUGCCAACGGACGUAUUACAGCGAGAACUCGUUCCGAAAUCAUGUCUCGAGCCAAAAACACAAGGCCAGGGAGCUGGCCCUCCAGCUCCAGGGGCCAAAACCAGAUGACGCCAGUUCUAUUAUGAGCUCCACUUUCUCUCUGGACGAACUUAAACCUGUACCCGACGGCAAGGUCGAUUCAGAUGCCGAAGAAGAGUUCAAUGAGGUCGUUGAAGGUCUCCAGAAAACUAGCCUGGCAGAGCGUCCUUCCCCGGUGAAGAGACCGUCAAACCCUGACCCUUCCGCCGAGGCGCAGCACAAGAAGGAGCAUCUGGUUUCGGAAGAGAGUAGCGAAGCCGCUUCUAGUACAUCGACACCUGUUCCUAACCCUACACUCAAGUCGUGCCUAUUCUGCAACUACGAUUCGCCCAGUGUGUCUCUCAAUAUUGUCCACAUGGAACGAAUCCAUAGCAUGUUUAUCCCCGAGAAGCAGUACUUGGUCGACCUAGACGGCCUCCUUGGCGCAUUGCAGCAGCGAAUCCAAGAAUUCCACGAAUGUCUAUACUGUGGCAAAAUUAAGAGCACCGCGCUUGCUGUCCAGACUCACAUGCGAGACAAGGGCCACUGCAAGGUACCCUACACUUCGGAGGAUGAACAGGUCGAGAUUGGUGAUUACUAUGACUUCCGAAGCACCUAUUUAGAUAGCGAGGACUCGGAAGACGAGUCGAUGGAUGACGACAGGCAAGGCGGGGGUGCCAAGCUCGGAGCUAAACGAUCGGCCAAGGCCAUCGGCGAGGACGGACGCGAGGCCGUCGAUGAGGAAGGAUGGGAGACGGAUAGCUCUACAUCGUCCUGCAGAUCUGAAGACCUAGGACCCAUCCCAGUUGAUCAUCAGUUGCGACAGUUUGAGCGGCUCGAUAAACACCCCCACCACUCGUCUCACGAUCCCCGACAUCACCACCAGAGAGACGGGUGGCAUUCCCAUGCUCAUAAACACCGCGCCAUCUUCUACGACGAUACCGAAUUGCACCUUCCUUCCGGUCGCGCGGUUGGGCAUCGAUCCCUCGCCAAGUAUUACCGUCAGAACCUUCACAAUUACCCUUCUGCCCAGGAGCGUGCCGAGAGGCUGGCCAUCGAGGCCGCGUCGCCUUCGGGAGAGGGUUCCACGGAAACUGACGGCGAUGGGAACGCCGGUGGCCAGGUCGCUUCGCGCCAGGAUCGCGGACGCAAUGGCGUCGUCGUGAGCCGAGCGAACGGAGGAACGGGUAUGUUGGGAGCGACCGAUGAGAAAAGAAGGGAAGUCCGCCGCGACGAGCAGAGGGGCCGUAAGCAGGAGCACGCGGCGCAGAGGCGGAAUGAGUGGGCUGUUAACAAGCAGGCGAACCAUCAGAAGUUCUACAACUACCAGAUCUUGUGA